AUGGAAAAAUUAGAUAUCGACAUAGAAGAACUAAUUGAAGAAAAACAAUUAUUUCCUAUACUUCUUAAUUUUUCUUCCAAAACAUUAAAAAUUGAUAAAAGUGAUAAUGAAGAUAAAAAAUUCACAGUAUCUUACAUUGAGCUUAAUGACAAAGAAACAAAAUACCAAAUCUCAGACUCCUUAGAAAUAAUCGGGCUCUAUCUUAUCUAUUCUCUUUGUCAUAGAAAUAAAACUUCGCAAGCAAAUCUGCUUUGCCAACUUAUCGGAUUCCAAGAAGAAGACAAAGAAGACUUUUAUCUCAACGAAUCAUGCAUUCUUGAGCAUACCAACAAAUUUUUCGAUCAAGAAGAUAGACUGCUAUCCUUCGUCCUCACCCACCCAUUCACAGUCACUGAACAAAUGUAUUCCAAUUACAACUAUCAUGGCUAUAUGUCAGCAUACUAUCCUCCAAUGAGUACUUCCAAAACUAUCAGGCAUACUUACUACAUAAAAGUCUGUGAGAAUGGUUCCCCGACGACACUCAAAAUCUAUGUUCUUUGCAAAGAGACAAAUCAUCUUGAAUCAACAGAUCUCAAGCUGUCUGAUAAUUUUGAGAUUUUACCUGAGUAUAAAGAUCAAUUUUCCGGAGUAGAAUCUAUCAUCCAACAUAUUGAAGAAAUAGUAAGAACUAAACAUAAUAGAGAAAACAACCAGUCAUGGGGAGGAGGUGCUUAUCCCUAUAAUCCUUAUUGCUACUCUUGUCAUGGAACUGGAGUAUGUCAAAAUUGCAAUAAUACUUUUCCAUUCAACCCCCACAUGUCAUACUCAGCCUCAAACAAUCCUUCUUCCUAUCCCGCAAACCUCCCACCCCCUCCUCAAUACCAAACUCCUCCACCCAACCAAAUACCCCAAAACCCCCCUCUUCAAACUCCCCCUCCCCAAAUUCCCUACUCACCACCCCUCCAGACAUCUCAACAGUCACCCCAAGAGACACCCCUUCCAACCCCCACUCAACUCCCCACCCAGUCACCUCCUCGGUCUCACCUAACAGACCUCCUCCAGUAAUCCCCUCUUGCUUAUACUUCAACCACGA